CUCAAAUGAAAGCCCUGAAGCCAUACUACAAUGUGGUAUAAGCAUGUCCUUGAGCCAUUUGUUCAUUCUCACACAAUAUCAUAGAUAGUGAAAAAUGCAAAAACAUGUGGACAGUUUGUUGAGCCACUGUAGAUCAACCGCUGUCUUGUCAUACUUUGAGAAUCACACUUUGAAAGAACAACUGCAAAUAAUUUGGACCAUUAUAUCUCUAACAUGGUUGAAAAGCCCCCAGCAUCCCUUGUUCAUCCUCUGAAUCCACCAUCUCUAUAGUAUACCUCUGAUUCAUACCAUGGCAGACUUUACCCCCAUAAAUGCAAAUAGCUGGAGACUUUGUCAGCAUUGCAACACACAUUUCGAAUCAACUGUACCAUUUACAUAUGUGCAUGGUAAAGACAGCUCAGGCCAUACAUGUUGCCCAAGCUGUGCAAAGCAUUAUGAGGGAUGUAAAGCUAUAGAACAGGCUCAAUGCCAGCAAGCUACAAGCAUUGACUUCACAGCUGCUCAGCCUGCUGUUGAGCCCUCAAGACAUGAGCUGGUAAAAGCAAUGUCAGCAGUGCAACAUGGAGACAACAUCUUUCCCAGUCAGCGCUUCAGCCAUCCAGCCUACACACUGGCAGGUGACCAUGGAAAAAUGCUUCCUCCUCCAGUUCCUGCACAUGUGAGCAUGGGAUAUACACCCAAUCAUGCCAUGCACCACCUGUAUCGCAGCAAGAUGGCUCAGGCUGCAUCAUCAGGGUGCUUCCAUCAAGUCAUGAUUUGGGUCGCCUUACAUCACCUGAAACCAGAGGGAAAGUCAGGCACUGUGUUAGUUGGUAAUAUUGAAUGUGAUGUGCAUGUUGCGCUCAACAUCACCCUAGCUCAGCUUCAGUCCAAGGUAAUCAACCAGCUUGAACCAUUAUGGACAGAGUGGUCACACAGCCAUGCUCUGUCCCUCUACAGCCUGGAGAUGCACAAAUCGCCAAAGAUGAUUCUUUAUGACCCAAGGCAACUGUCCAUUGGUGCUAAUGAACCAGUUCUACAAGAAUUUUUCAUGCAUGCAAUGCCCAAGGAUCCCACACCCAAAUUUUAUGCAAAUGCCCAUGUCACCAUCCUUCUUGUAAUGAUGAAUGUGCAGUUCAAGGAUGUGUUACUCUGGCAAGAGCAAUGUGUCAAUAACAUUGUACUGAGUAUCAAUGUUGAUGUACAAAAUGCACUAGCAUCAGCAUCUAGUAUCUCCACAAAGAAAAAGGUACUGCAAAGUCAAGGUAGCAGCAAUGAUUCCAGUCCAUCGCCACCACACCACCCUGCACACAAACACUCCAGGAAGUGCUCACCUUCGGCUGUCUGGUUUCCAAUAUCUGAAAUUAGCAAGGUCCUGAGUCACAACCUGUCUUGGCUGCAAGCACUCGCAUAUCAAAACAACUCUUCUUACCCAGUCAAUCUCAGCUACAAGCAGCCAUGA